AUGGGUCGGAAACCGAAUGUCUCCGAGCCGACUCGUUGGGCCCCUCUGAUCCUGCUUUUGAUUGGUUUGGUAUCUUGUUCUAUGGUCUACAUGUUCGUGUCAUCAGUUUUAAGGCCAUCAGUGCCAGCAAAUGAUUCAAACGUUGAAUCAUUAGUGCUGGCUGAGUCCUAUGAAAAUGGUGAAAAGUGGGUUAACGGCGUAGAGAGUGGUGGCGCUACUGGUGGGUUGUGUUGUAAAGGGAUUGAUAAUUUGGAACUUUGGGGGGCUGCUGUCAAAUGGGGCACAGAUUUCAAAUUCAAUUCUUCUGGUGAAUGUUGUAAAGCUUGUAAAGCCAUGUGUACUGGAAAUGAUGGGCCUUGUCUUUGUGAUACCUGGGUUUUUUGUGGUAAUAAGCAGGCUUGUGGGAACAAAUUCGGGGAGUGUUGGUUGAAAAAACAGAAGGAUUUACUGGCCCCUGAAAAGCAGGAAGUAGGAGACAAAGUCAUGUGGACUUCUGGCCUUGUCUUUGGAAGAGGAGAGGGUAUUAUUGGCUUAGAGACAGAACACGGUACUCUUCACAUCAAGCUUUUCCCUGAUUGUUCUCCACUUUCAGUUAAAUACAUCCUAGAGUUGUUGGCAUUACGCCAUUGUGCAGGGUGCCAAUUCUAUCGAGCAGAAAGUCGUGGUCAAUCUUGGGAUGCAAAAGGAAAACACAUCAAAGAUGCUUCCUUUGGUCCUCCAUUUGCUCUUGUUCAAGGAACUCUUGAUGCCCAGGGAAUGACAUUCAAUAAAAUCCCGUCCGAGUACCGUCCAACCAUGAGAAGAGGAUCAGUAGCAUGGGUUGGCUCUGGUCCUGAAUUCUUCAUAAGCUUGGCAAAUCACGAAGAAUGGAAAAAUUCAUAUACCGUAUUUGGUUCUGUACUUCCCGAAGACUUGCUGAUAGCAGAGAAAAUUUCUCAGCUUCCAACAAAAUCAGAUGUUUGGAACAACAUUAAUGUGUCAGUUUUAGAGAACCCUGUACCUCUAAGGAUUCAAAGAAUGAAGAUUAGUGUGUCAUAA